AUCCGAGUAGGGGCUAUUGCCCCGCCAGGAUGUUACUGGGCUUGGCCGCCGCCGCUGCGUCGCACAGGUGUAGCUGGUCCUCCUUACGCCGGCUGCGUCUGCGCUGCAGGGCGGCGGCCCACGGCUCCAGCGACCGCCAGGGUGAGUGUCUCGCGCCCGCGGCGGAUCCCCGCAAGUCGGACUAGAGGACCAGGCCGGCCUCGGCGCCUUGCCUCGGAACAUUUCGCCCGCUUUCCCUUCUACAGUCUCAGAACUUUUCUCGCGGGUAUCCGCCUUUGCAGAUUAGUUUUCAUCUCCUGGAGAGGCUCCUGGCAGGCCUUCUUGACCCAGGUCCCUCCUACAGAGCUAGCACGGCCACCCGCAGCUAGCAGCGUGCCAGGUUGCCCCUCCGAAGUCCAACACUUAACCAAAGCGUUAGGUGUGCAUCGCUGUGCCCGCAGGUAACCCACUUGGCGAGAAAUUGCGUACUCCUCAAAAUUCCAGGGUCUUUUGAGGUCACUGACUCACCUUCACCUUCAUUGAGCAUUUUUGGCCGAGUGGAUUUUCUUGCCUUGCUCUUUUUCUCAUACUCCAAACUUGUUUUCUUAAGUUUCCUAAAAGGAAGAAGGAGGUUGCAAGUCAUAUUUACAGAUCUUUCUUAACAAGGGUAUGACCAUUCCUUAAGUCAUUGACAGAGCCCAGUUUUGGACCGAAAACCAGAGAGUUUCAGUUCUUUUGUACAGUCUUCUAAACAGCUGGUGAAAAGGUGUCACCCUGAAAAAAGAAUGGCACAACUUAGUGACAUUUGGAAGCUUUCCAAACAUGGUUCCUUGUAGUUACUCAUAUAUUUGUACAGUGAGUCAAGUAAAGUUAUAUUCCACAAAUGUUCGUAAAGGAGGACAGGGUUCACCGACUAUCAGAGUAGAAAAAGUACCAACGUUUGAUGAAGCAGCAGAAAAUAUGGGUGCAGAACUCAAAGCUCCACUUAUUAAGCAGGAACCUCUCCAAGUAAGAGUAAAAGCAGUCCUUAAGAAGAGGGAGUAUGGACCAAAGUAUACUCAGAAUAAUUUUAUCACUGGAGUCAGAGCAAUAAAUGAGUUCUGCCUUAAAUCAAGUGAUCUAGAACAACUUCGUAAAAUCAGACGACGAAGUCCCCAUGAAGAUACUGAAUCCUUUACUGUAUACUUGAGAUCAGAUGUGGAGGCAAAAUCUUUGGAAGUGUGGGGAAGCCCUGAAGCUCUUGCCAGAGAGAAAAAACUGCGUAAGAAAGCAGAAAUAGAAUACAGAGAGCGUCUAUUUAGAAAUCAAAAAAUGUUAAAAGAAUAUAGAGACUUUCUGGGAAACACCAAGCCACGCUCCAGAAUGGCAUCAGUGUUUUUUAAGGGACCAGGAAAAGUGGUGAUGGUUGCCAUUUGCAUCAAUGGAUUAAAUUGUUUCUUUAAAUUUCUUGCCUGGAUUUAUACUGGUUCAGCAAGUAUGUUCUCAGAAGCUAUACAUUCAUUAUCUGAUACUUGUAAUCAGGGUUUACUAGCAUUGGGCAUCAGUAAGUCUAUUCAAACACCAGACCCUACUCAUCCGUAUGGAUUUUCAAAUAUGCGCUAUAUUGCUUCACUAAUUAGUGGUGUUGGUAUUUUCAUGAUGGGUGCAGGACUAUCCUGGUAUCAUGGCAUCAUGGGGUUGCUUAAUCCUCAACCUAUGGAAUCUCUCCUAUGGGCAUACUGUAUUUUAGCAGGAUCAUUGGUAUCUGAAGGAGCAACACUUCUUGUUGCUGUAAAUGAACUUCGUCGGAGUGCUCGGGCCAAGGGAAUGUCAUUUUACAAGUAUGUAAUGGAAAGCCGUGAUCCUAGUACAAAUGUUAUAUUAUUGGAGGAUACUGCAGCAGUCUUGGGAGUGACAAUAGCAGCCACUUGCAUGGGCCUUACGUCUAUAACAGGCAAUCCACUGUAUGACAGCCUAGGUUCCUUGGGUGUGGGCACCUUAUUAGGCGUGGUCUCAGCAUUCCUCAUCUACACUAACACAGAAGCACUUUUAGGGCGAUCUAUCCAGCCGGAACAAGUACAACGGCUUACUGAACUUCUGGAGAACGACCCAUCAGUAAGGGCAAUUCAUGAUGUUAAAGCCACAGAUCUGGGAUUAGGUAAAGUGAGAUUUAAGGCAGAAGUAGAUUUUGAUGGACGAGUUGUUACAAGAUCAUAUUUGGAAAAACAAGAUUUCGACCAUAUGUUACAAGAAAUACAAGAAGUAAAGACUCCUGAAGAACUAGAGACCUUUAUGCUUAAACAUGGAGAAAAUAUUAUUGAUACUUUAGGAGCCGAAGUGGAUAGACUUGAAAAGGAAUUGAAGGAACGAAAUCCUGAUGUUCGACAUGUGGAUUUGGAGAUAUUGUAAAUUUGAUGGAAUGAAUCACCUUGCUGGGAACCCUGAAGUUGUCAAGUUACUCUCCAAAGCCACAGUGAUAUCACUCCUUUUCCUGCUUUCCCACAUGGAAAAAGUGCCAUUCAAAGCCAUUUUUUUUUAAGAUGGAGGAAAUAUUUUAAUUUAAGGGCAAUACAGCAGGCCAUAGCACUAAAACUACUUCUUUACUUCUAAGAGACACGCUACAAGUUGAAUCAGUUUAGAAAUCAUGUUUUUGUGUUUCAAUAGAGAACAUUUUUGUUACUUAAAUUGUUCGUAGUUUCUCACUUCAGCUUGUCAGGGUGUGUUGUACCUUAUAAUCAUGUUUCGUUUUUUCACAUUGUUGAAAAUAUGUGUCAUUCAUAGGAUUAUGAAUUUUAAUUUUAUUAUCACUGGAGACCUCACUCCAUCAAAAUCUGCCUAUCUUGAAUACUCUGGCUGAGUCUAGGUGUGUCACUUUAAAGAGUUACUCCAUUUCAAAGUUUGUCUUUCCUUAUAGAGUGUGGAAACUAUUUCUGUGUACCUAGUGAUUUCGACCUGAGCGCUUAGAAAAGAACACUCUCCUAACCUUAGUUAUCUGGAACUGUCCAUUCCAGAACUUGCUUAGUUACUGAAUUCAAUGAAGACAUUUCAGUACAUUGGUAGUUGCCAUUUUGUAAUAUUUCUUCCUUCAUCUUUUCUUUUUUCCCCAUUUUGUUUAAUUUUUCUAACGUUUGGAUUAUAAAAUACCCUUAGAAGUUUCCGUAAGGCCAGUGGGAUGACUGGGUUUUGUUUUUUGUUUUCAUCUUUGUUUGAUAACUGGCUUCAGUGUCAUAGUAUGUAUUUACUAAGAGAUAAUGCAUUUAUAAGCAUUUUAACAUUGUGUAAAAUGGACUAAAAAUAUUUAUAAUUUUACAGACAGAACAGCAUUUUAUUUUUAAUUUAUUUAAAAAGAGACGUUACUUAUCUGAACUGUGGGAUGUUUUUUACUUUAAAAUGACCCUGAAAAAGAUGUAAAUCUCUUAUACUGAAACUUGUGGUUAUGAUUUUGCAUAUCAGAGUCAGUAAUAUGCCUGUAACAUGAGUUUCUUAAAUUUACAGAAUGGGUCAUUUACCAUACUAUAUUGGGCUAUAGCAUAUUAUUAUUUAAGUAAAUUGCUUUCAAAUGACCUUAAGGUAUCAAGAUAAUUGAAAAUUUAGUGAAAAGCCAGAGCUGUGUCUCAUUCACCAAAACAACUCAUAUGCACUUUAGAAUGUUCAGGUAGCAUUGAGCAUUGUUCACACAAGAGUGGUGGCUGGUUGUUCUCUUUGCUGGAUAAGUGAGUGCUUGACAGGAUGACCUAUGUGUGAUCAGUAUCGUAAAGCUUACUUAGAUUGGAGUUUAUGGAUUACAAAUUAUAAUACUGAAAACACAAAGUUACGCAUUUGAAUUAAAGGGUUUGUAAUGAUGAUUUUUGAACCUGAAAUGUCAUUUACCAGGAAAUUGUGAGAAUUGAUAUUGGUGUACAUUUUUUUUUUUGUUUUUUACCAUUACAGAACAUUUGCAUGCUGUACAUUUUAAUGAAAUAACAUUCCAGUUUUAUUAUUAAGAUACAGAAUUGUACCUGAUACACACACACAUACACACGUACAUAUGUCUACAUGUAUAAUUUGAAUCCCUCUUAUGGUUUUAAAUUCCCCACCCCUAUUUUUUUAAAAAUACUGCUUUUUGCCCAGUAUAAUCUGUUCUGUGUUUUCUGUCGUCCUCCUCCUUACCUUUUCCCACUUGCCAUUUGUUGUUCCUUAUCAUUGCCAUGUAGAAGGUACUAAAUUAUCUUCUUCCUAGUAAAAUGACUCUGAAAAAUUUCAUAUAGCUGGACAAGAAUAAUUAAUUUUAAAAAAGAAUUUUGAAGUUGAUGUGCAAAAGUUAUUGCAAAAUAGAUUUUUUUAGGAUCCCCUAAGAGAGGAUAUUUCUUUGAGGAUCAUGAACAGGUUUGGUUGAGAUCAUACCCAUUCUUAAAUAAUAAUUGUAGGCUUAUGUUACUGUCUUUUCUUUCCAGUUCAUGUCUGCACUGAUAUUUUAAAGUUUGUUUAAACAAAGUUUGACAUAAUGAAGUGCAGCCUAUCUAGGAACUUGAGUAUUUCUGUGGAAUCAAGAAAUGUGUGUCUUCACUGGUUCAUGGUUUUUCCUUUUAAACUGGAGUUGAAUUUGAAAAUCAAGUAAUUUGGGCCUCUUUCUUUAAAAAUAAAAUGAUAUGCAGCUUUUCA